AUGGGCUCUAUUGACACCGUCCCCCCUUCCCAGUUCCAGGUCCUCGACGACCCUCGUCCGGACGACAAGUCCCUCCCUGCCUUCAUGGUGUCCACCACUCGGGGAUUUCUUCCUCGCCUGGACCCCGUCGUCACGCUGCCCAAGGAGUUUGAGCCCCUCGAGUCGUUGUUGCAGCGCAUGCCUGUCAAGACGCUCUCCGGGGAGCCCGGGCUUCUCGCCUCGGGCAGGCUGGGCGGCGUCGUGGACAAUGAGUUCCCCGACCUCACCGACGAGAUGGACAAGUACAAGCAUGACCUGCCCAUGAUGAACGCCCUGUACCGUGACUACUCCUUCUUGGCCUCUGCCUAUCUGCUGGAGCCUUGCCACGAGCGCUUCGUCCGGGGAGAGGAGUACGGCCUCGGCCGACAGACUCUGCCCAGGAACGUCUCACGGCCCAUUGCUCGGUGUGCCGAGAUCGCCGGCUUCAUGCCCUUCAUGGAGUACGCCGGCUCGUACGCCCUCUACAACUACCGCCUCCAAGACCCCUCGCGAGGCCUCGACUACUCCAACCUCCGUCUCAUCCGCGCCUUCGAGCACGGCCUGGACCCCGCCUCGUCCGAGGCCGGCUUCGUGCUCGUCCACGUCGACAUGGUCAAGAACUCGGGCCCCCUCGUCGCCGGCACCGUCAAGUGCCUCGGCGUCGGGUCCGGCGUCACCACGCCCCUGGGGACGAGCCAGGAGCGCGCCGCCCUCAACCAGGGCCUCGGCGACAUCCUCGGCGCGCUGCAAAAGAUCAACUCGGUCAUGGAGACCAUGUGGGGGAAGUCCCGCCCCACGGAGUACACCAGCUUCCGCACCUUCAUCUUCGGCAUCACGUCGCAGUCCAUGUUCCCCCACGGCGUCGUCUACGAGGGCCUCAACGACGACAGGCCCAUGUCGUUCCGCGGCGAGAGCGGCGCCAACGACUCCAUGGUGCCCCUGAUGGACAACCUGCUGCAGGUGCCCAUGCCCAACACGCCGCUGACCGACAUCCUCAAGGACUUCCGCAAGUACCGGCCCAGCAACCACAGGGACUUUUUGCUGCACGUCAAGGACGUCUCGGAGCGCCACGACCUGCGCGGCUUCGCGCUCGCCCUCAGGGCCAGGCCCGCCACCGACGAGGACAGGGACCUGGUGCGCGAGUCGCGGAGCCUGUGGCUGCAGAUCCUCGACCAGGUCCGCGACUUUCGCUGGCGCCACUGGUGCUUCGCCAGGGAGUACAUCCUCAAGAGGACCUCGCACCCGACGGCCACGGGCGGCAGCCCCAUCGUCACCUGGCUGCCGAACCAGCUCGAGGCCGUGCUGGCCGAGAUGGUGAACAUCAACGAGAUUGCCGGCAGGGACGACGCGCGGGGCCUGGGCAAGACGUGCGAGGGCAUCAUGGACGCGGCCCUGCGGCAGAGGGACACCCUGCGGAAGGAGGUUGACAAGUACUGCGCCGAGCGUGGCGUUUCGCGGACGUAG